CGUGGUAUAGAGUCCAUAUUACUCAUUGAAGACAACAGAGAAGCUAGAAAUGUCAUGUUGGAUAAUGUACCUCGUAACUGUCAUGAAACAUUUACGAUUGUGGGAGACCAGUUAUAUGCAUCUCCUUUUCGAUAUUAUUCUAACUCUAAAAAGACUGCAGAUUACCUGCAAGGAAGUGUUGAAGAUAAAAUUAGGGAGAAAAAAGAAGAAAUUGAAAAUUUGCAAAAUCUCCAAAAAAGUAUUCAAGCAGAUAUUAGUAAAAUAUCUCAAGCGCUUAAUAAUUACCAGUCUGAAAACAAUAAGCUCACAGUCACCAUAGAGAAAAUUCACAGAUCCGUUGCCCAGAUUAAUUUGAAAAUUAUCGAAUUGAAAAAUGCAGAAGAACCGGAACCCAUCGAUGCUAAAGUUCUUGAAGAAGAGUUGGAAAUGAUGUAUUCUCAAAUAAUAGACAUGAAGCAGAAAGAAGAAAUUCUUACAGAAGAAUUCAGAAAAGCCGAAAUCAGGGUUAAAAAAGCCAAUGAUGAAUAUAACAAUAAAGAUAAUGCUCUUCAUCAUCUGUUAAAUAACAUUGAACCUUUAAAGGAUUCCCUUCGAAAUAUACAGAGUCAUGUUGAACAGGCAAAACUAAACAAGCAACAUUAUGAAAAGAAACUGAAAGAACAUGAACGAGUCAUUGCUGAUUUAGAUAAAGAAUAUCAAGCUUCGAAAGCCGUUUAUGAAGGAGACAUUUCUAAGGCAGAAAAGAUUAGUCCAAAAAUUCAGACAAGAAGAAUGCCAUAUGACAUCGAAAUGGAAAUAAAUCAAAUCGAAAAACAACUGAGAUUAGAAGAAGAAAAACGAGGAAGUAGAGAGGAAGUGAACGAGAGAUAUUCCGAAACCAAAAUGAAAUACGAACAGAUAAAAUCUGAUAUACAACUAAUAGAAAACUUCACCGAGAAACUCAGCAGCGUAAUGGUAGAACGUAAACAGGCUUAUAGUAAUUUCCGUCAACAGCUGUCUCUCAGAGUAAGGUAUCUCUUCAUCACGGCAUUGUCUCAACGCAAUUAUUCUGGAAAAAUAGAAUUUGAUCACAAAAAAGGCUUAUUAGAGAUCAAAAUUCAGCCAAAUUCAAAUGUUGCGGAAAUGAACGAAGACAUGAAGUCGCUGUCGGGUGGAGAACGUUCAUUCACCACGGUCUGUCUCAUUCUUGCCCUGUGGGAUGCGGUGGAAUCGCCAUUUCGUAUCUUGGACGAAUACGAUGUCUUCAUGGAUUUGGUGAACAGAAGAAUAAGUAUGGAUAUGAUGAUUGAGACAGCUGCACACAAAACAAAACAUCAAUUCAUUUUUCUCACACCACUAAAUAUGUCCAAUCUGAAACGCUCGCCACUGAUCCAAAUCUGUCGCAUGCCGGAUCCGGACCGAAAACAGAAUUCUCGAGAAGAAAUGGAAUGAGUCGAAUUUGGUUCAACAAAAAUUUACAAAUGCCGUUUUGGAUUAUUUAAUUAAAUAAUUUUAUUUCACAUUUCAAAUGAGCGUAGGGGAAUAUAAACAUGAUUAUCUUUAUAAGCAACAAAUGUAUUUAUCCAAUAUGUUCACUUUGUUACUUUUUUGCAACAAUAUAUUUAUCCUUUUAUGAUGAUAAAAUCAAUUUUAUGAUAAAACCAAGCUUCAAAUUUUUAUUCGUGCUUGGAAAAUUCUAUCGGUUACAAAGAUGACGACAUAAGUCCAAAAGUACAGUACUUACUUGUUAGUCCCGUAUAGUGGACGACUCCAUUUAAUAUGUGAACGUAUUUUGUAUUAUAUGGAUUAUUUUCAAUAAUUAAAAUGUAUUAAGCUAACAAGAUUAUUAUUAUUAUUUUGGACCAAAUUUUUCAUUUUUUAAAAUACACUGAAUCUGUCAAGUCUCAAUUUUGAUCAAAAAUAAAAGAACUGGUUUGAUAUUGUUAGAAUUUGUAGAUAAUUUGUUAAUAUCAUGUCCUUAGAGACUCCUCCUUGUUCAGUUUUUAAACUCAGACGUGUUUUGGCAUUAUUGCUCUCUUCAUACAGGUUUUCCUAAUGAUAAAAAUAUUGUCCAUGCACAGUAGAGUCCCAGAAACUUAACGUUUCUUACACGUAUUUGAUCCUAGUGUUCAGUUAUAAAGGUAGAAAUUAAGUUGUCGUUAUUCACUGGCGACAUUGAAUAAUAGCAUUGGUUCCAUGUGUUAACAAAGUGCCACAACAUGAACGACACUAACUCGAAAGUAACCAUCGAAUGGCCAAUAAUUUUUUAAAUUAACAUUUAGCAGCUGUAAAUAGAAAUAGUCACUAAUGGUACAUAGUUAAUACAUAUAUGAAUUUGCACACACAAUACAUUUACAAAAAUUUUGCUAUUUAGACUAGCAUUGUCAUGUGCCAUAAAACUUGACAUAUUCUGUAACUCAUCAUCUCGGUCCACAGUAAGUUGAGUUUGCUGGACCCUACCAUAUUGCCUAGAAAUUUAGCGUGACCUAAUUCAAUAGCUCUUUUUUUCGGUCUUUCUUACUACUAAUUUUGCUACAAAUCCCACUGUUGGAGACCAAGUAUGUUUGUGGCACAGAUCAUUGAAAAUAAAAUCUCUUUUGCACAUUUAACCAAGUUAACCAGUUUCUAUAUGAUUUUAAAACUAAACUCCCAAAAUUCCAUUUGACUUCAGUAUACUCUCUGAUUUUUAAAAAAGUUCCAGUCGUAUCAACAGAUACAUUGUUCAAAAAUCAAAUUUAAGCAUUGUGACUUUAUGCAUUUAUAUCUCUGUCAAGAAAGAAUCAAUAACAAUGAAAAUGUUGUUUAUGCAGAAAUUAAAAUCCUAGAGUUCCACAUAAAGGAGAAAUGAGCAAAAGAUGUUUUGACCUUUAGAUGGAGUGCUUGCAGUUUCUGAAGAUCAUGGUUAAGGAUAUUUGAGUGAAAAAAAUCCCUUGAAAUAUCAGUAAGAAUGUCUAAAUGCCUCAAUCUAAGAAUCAUGCUCUCUGACAAAUUUAGUUGUUUAAUCACCACCACUGAUUUGCUUUAAGAGUUUUCAAAUAAAAUAAUUUUCAGUUCAAGCAAGUGCAAUACAGCUUUACUCCAGACAGAACUGUUUCCAGGGGAAAUGAAACCAAAUUCUCUAGCAUACAAUGAGUUUUAUUGAAAAUCCAAUGUUUGGAGUUAUUUUUUGUAACCUACUUCUCGGAGCAAGUGGUAUAGUAAAUUUUAGAAAGUUGUCAAACUUGUCCUUUCUGUCAAACUGAACCUUUCUCACAGAUGUAGCAGAGUAAUCACAUUCUACAAAGUGGAAUGUUAAUCGGCUAACAAAGAAAUUAAUG